GAAAUUUCUCUCAAACUUCCCACCAAUUCGGAAAGACAAUACCACUAUCAGGAAAAAGAAAAGGAAAGAAAAUGAGAAGAAUUUUAUCAAUAUCUUCGCUUCUGAAUCAGGGGAUUGUCCAACGAAGAGUUUCAAAUAAGUAUCUCAUCCUUGCAAUUCGUCCAUAUUCAGAGGAUCUUUCUUCCCCAAAACCUCCAGGACCUCUAUCGCAUUUCUGCAACUUGGUGGAGCAAGGGAGGCUGCAGCAUGAUCCUUACCAAGAAAGGGUUGCUUUGGCAUUGGAAAAUUUGCUUGGGAGGUUGGAACAGUAUGAAAAAGAUAUGGAGGAAUAUCAUAUUAAGCUAGCUGAGUGGGAGAAACACAGGGAGAAUGAGCGGCGGAGGCUUUUGAUGGAGGAAGCUGAGCUCAAGCAGCGUGGGGGCCUUUGGACAUCAGUUAAAAGUCGUAGGAGUAAACUUUUAGAAAGAUGGGCAUUCCGGAGAAAAUCUGAAGAUAUAGAACCUGGAGUAGGUAAGUGGGUUUCAUACCUCAAUCGUGAGAAGAAGUUGGAUUCACUUGUUGGUCGUCGUCCUACAGCUCCUGCAGCCCCAAAAGGACUGUAUAUAUAUGGGAAUGUUGGAAGUGGGAAGACAAUGCUUAUGGAUAUGUUUUAUGGUGCCACUGAUGGAAUAGUUAAACAUCGUCGAAGGUUCCAUUUUCAUGAGGCGAUGCUUAAAAUAAAUGAAGAUAUGCAUAAGUUGUGGAAAAAUCAAGUUGAGGAAAAGUCUUUGCAGUCAAGCAUAUCUUCUUGGAUUAUGAAUCUUCCCUUUGAUAUGAAAGCCAAGGAGUGGCUAGCUGAUGAAGAAAAGUAUAAACAAGAGGUUCAGAUGAAAAACAUUCUUCUUGCAGUAGCAGAUAAGUUUCUUGUUGACAGGCAAGCAGAAGAAAGAGGAGCUAGCAUUCUUUGCUUUGACGAGAUACAGACUGUUGAUGUAUUUGCUAUUGUGGCCUUAUCUGGAAUUCUAAGCAGAUUACUUAGUACUGGAACUGUUCUUGUUGCCACCAGUAAUCGAGCACCAAAGGAAUUAAAUCAGGAUGGCAUGCAGCGAGAGAUCUUCCUAAACUUCAUAGAUAAGUUGGAAGAACAUUGUGAGAUCAUUUUGGUUGGAGGCGAGAUUGAUUAUCGCCGACUAAUAGCACAGAGGCCUAUAGACAGGGUUCAUUAUUUUUGGCCUCUAGAUGGUACUACUUCAGAGGAAUUUGAGAAAAUAUGGUGUCAGGUUAUAAAACAGGCUGGAGGAACAGUCACAUCUAAUACUGUUCCAGUGAUGUUUGGAAGGAAAUUGGAGGUUCCUGAGAGCUGUAAUGGAGUAGCACGGUUCACAUUUGAGUAUCUAUGUGGUCGGCCGGUAGGUGCUGCAGAUUAUAUUGCAGUUGCAAAAAACCAUCAUACAGUCUUCAUCUCUGAUAUUCCUGUUAUGAGUAUGCGAAUCCGUGACAAGGCACGUAGGUUUAUUACCCUCAUUGAUGAGCUAUACAACCAUCAUUGCCGCCUAUUUUGUUCAGCUGCUUCUUCUAUUGAUGACUUAUUUCAAGGAACCGAAGAGGGUACACUUUUUGAUCUGGAAAGUUUCCAGUUCGAAACAGAGACGGAGGGUGCAAAACUUCGCCGGGAUGUUUUGGCAGAAGGAAGUGUGAGUUCAGGUGGUGCACCAGCAGGUAUAACAUCCAUGCUAUCUGGUCAAGAAGAGAUGUUUGCCUUCCGCCGAGCUGUAUCUCGCUUGAUCGAAAUGCAGACACCUUUAUACCUUGAAGGAGUUUGUUUCCUUCAUCCUUACUUCCAGAGGGAGCUCCGAAAUUUCAGAAAUUAUAGUGCAAGCACCAUUCAACACCAGGCAUCCUCAUGAGCAGUAGGUUUAUAGUACUUGAUGGCCGCUACCUAUAAUUUUCGUAUUUGUGAUAAUAAUGUGUAAAAUUUUUCAGAUAACCUGUUGGACUUGAAUUCAUUUAUUACUUCUCUUCAAGAGAAUUACUGACACUAUGGAAUAAGAUUAUAUUAAUAGCAUGUUUAUUGUUACCA